AUGUCAUUAAUUCAUCGUACUGCCCUAGAACGAGCUCGUUUUGCUACGUCAUCGCGUCUUAUUGCAUCUCUGAUCAAUGAAGGUUUAAUUCGAGCUAAUGCUGAUUCAGCUUCAAUUGUCGUCCUAGAUUCUUUCGAUGAUAAUGGGAUCGAUUACAAACUCUUUCUUUCAAUCGUUCAUCCAGUUCCAGUGGGUAAUUUAACUUCGUUAGAUCCUGCUGAUAUUGUACCUUUUCAUAUCUUUGAUGCAAAUAGUAAAGAACUUUUCUGUCCAAUUGGAAUUGCCGAUCAUUUUUGGAAAGGAUGCACUGCCGAAUUAAAACAACAACUGAUAAGCUCAGUUCGAAAUCAAGAAUGGAUAUAUAAUCAUCUUCCUACAAAAAUUCCAUCUCUAUCGUCUCCGCCUAUUCAAUGGGAACAAUAUUUAAUUGAAGGUCAUCCAACUCAUCCAAUGCAUCGUACACGAAUACCUUUUGACGGUUUCGAAUCGAUCUUAUUGGCUCCCUGUAUCAAGUUUAUUUCGAUUCCUCGUUCAGAAUUGGUUGUUUAUGGUAACUGGGAGACGAUUAUGAAAGAUUAUCUUCCAUCGGCGUUAUCACCCGAUACGCUCAUUUUACCCGUUCAUCAGUUACAAGUAUCAAAAGUUCUUUCAUUGAUUCCAUCGGCAACACUUAUUCCGAACUCUGAACGACAAUCUCUUGCUCAAGCAUCUGUUCGAUCUAUCAUACCUGUACCUGUCUCGGAUUUACCUGGUUAUCAUCUGAAAAUGGCACUAAGCAUUUUGACAACUGGUGCAUGGCGAACUAUAUCCUGUUAUUCUGCUUACAAUGGUCCUCGUAUUACUUCACUCGCCAAAUUUGUUGCUCCUGAAUGUCUUAUUCCGAUAGGCGAAGUCGCAUCGAUUGGUUCUAAUUCUCCUGAUGAAAUGAUCAGCAAACAUAUUGCUUGUAUUGUACGUGAAGAUCCAGAAUUACUCAUGCCUAACGAAUCAGUUAUUGUAGCACAAUGUCUCGUUGAGAAAACACCUAAUGGUAGUAUGACUCUUGUCCGAGCAAUCUUCCAUCUCAAUACCGAACAGAAGUGCAUCAAUUUUCUUACAAGAUAUGCUGAACUUGCUUGUGCAGCCUUCUUACCACCAAUGAUCAAACAUGGAUUUUGUUUUGAAGCACAUGGACAGAAUACACUGGCAAGAUUCGAUCGACAUACAGGACAAUUAAUUGGUUUUGCUAUACGAGAUUUUGGUGGUCUUCGAAUUCAUCGAGAACAAUUUGAAAGUACAACUCCAUUCAAACUUGAUCUUUUCCCCAAUUCAUGCAUUGUUACCGAUGAUAUUAUGGAAGUAUACACUAAAGUGUUCCAUUGUCUUAUCCAAGGUCACAUGAAUCGAUUAGUACGUGCAUUGGAUCUCCAUUAUUCACGCAAAGGUUGGACAAUUGUUCGUAAAGCUGUUGAAAAACAUGUAAGUGCUGCUUCACCAGCAGGCAAAUUGUGGUUUAAAGAAACGGUGCCAUACAAAGCAUUUCUCAAAAUGAAACUUGAUCAUAAGUACCGUGAUUAUAUUUAUAGUGAAAUACCUAAUGUUUUGAUGUUAACAGAGAAGAACGAAAACUUUUGA